AUGGCUGCGAAAGGACAAACAGGGGCCACCUGUAAUCUUGGGAAUACCAACAAGAUUGCCGAUGAAGUGGGGGAGAAGACAGAGAAAGAAAAAGCGGAUAGUACUAUUGGCGACGCCUAUGUUAACUUUAAAGAUUUCCAGAAAGCCAUAGAGUACCAUACACGAGACCUCAAAAUUUCCAAAGAAGUGGGAGACAUGGCAGGAGAAGGAAAAGCCUACUGUAAUCUUGGCAACGCCUAUGACAGUCUUGGAGAUUUCCAGAAAGCCAUAGAGUACCAUGUACGACACCUCAAAAUUUCCAAAGAAGUGGGAGACAGGGCAGGAGAAGGAAUUGCCAACGGUAAUCUUGGCAACGCCUAUCACAGUCUUGGAAAUUUCCAGAAAGCCAUAGGGUACCAUGAACGACAUCUCAAAAUUUCCAAAGAAGUGGGAGACAGGGCAGGAGAAGGAAGAGCGAACUGUAAUCUUGGCAACGCCUAUGACAGUCUUGGAGAUUUCCAGAAAGCCAUAGAGUACCAUGCACGAGACCUCAAAAUAUCCAAAGAAGUGGGAGACAGGGCAGGAGAAGGAAAAGCGUACUGUAAUCUUGGCAACGCCUAUGACAGUCUUGGAGAUUUCCAGAAAGCCAUAGAGUACCAUGAACGACACCUCAAAAUUUCCAAAGAAGUGGGAGACAGGGCAGGAGAAGGAAGAGCGUACUGUAAUCUUGGCAACGCCUAUGACAGUCUUGGAGAUUUCCAGACAGCCAUUUACUGUUAUAAAAACAGUGUCAUUGCCUUCGACUAUAUCAGGGGAAAUCUCAUAUCUAAUGACGAAUGGAAGAUUAGUCUUGGGAGUACGUAUGAUAAUGUUAAUUUGAGGCUCUGGGGGCUACAGUUUAAGCAAGGUAAAGUCGUCGAGGCACUUUUAACUGCUGAUCAUGGACGUGCCCAAGCUUUAAAUGAUCUUCUGGAGUUCAAGUAUGGGUUUAAAGUGUUGUCUCGAGAAAUAGGAACAUUCUCUGCAACAACACCUGACAUUCUUAAUUACCUACCAUCAGAUACAGCUUUUAUAGGUAUUAACGAGGAAGGAAUAGUUCUCUGGGUGAAAGAGAAAGGAAACGAAAUCAAAACUAGGAAAACUCAGAUCGAUAUCUCCGUCAAAACCUAUUUUCAGUCUCUACUGGAGACUGCACUUGAAAAAAUGGGUGUGAGAGCUGAUGUUAACUGUGAAGAUCGUUCAUUAAGGAACCCAAGCGAUAACAAGUUAGCAGAAAAAAGAUCCAGUCAGCCAAGGUCUCAUUCCUCAUCUUUUGAGCCAAAGUCAUUACAAACAUUUUACAAAGUUGUUAUGGACCCUAUAAGAGACUUACUCCAAGGCGAUGAGGUUGUGGUUGUUCCACAAGGACCUCUUUGUUUGGCCCCUUAUGCUGCUUUCAUUGACUUGAAAUCUAAGUACCUCUGCGAAACUUUUAGAAUUCGCCUACUUCCCUCACUUUCUACUCUGCGAUUAAUCCAAAAUUGUCCAGCAAAUUGGCACAGCAACACUGGCGCUCUCCUCGUCGGCGAUCCGUGGGUACAGGAGGUAGUUUAUGAAGGAAUGACGCUAGAGCAGUUAGCGUGGGCCGCAAAGGAAGUGCAGAUGAUAGGGGAAAUACUUCAAACUGAACCUCUCGUUGGAAAGCAGGCAACAAAAGAUGAAGUGUUAACACGUAUCUCCUCGGUUGCUCUGGUGCACAUUGCUGCUCACGGUAAAAUGGAAACAGGAGAAAUUGCCUUGGCCCCAAACACAACACGUUCAUGCGUGAAUCCAGCCAGGGAGGACUAUCUCUUAACUAUGAAAGAUGUUUUAAAGGCGCAGAUUAGGGCAAGACUUGUUGUACUCAGUUGUUGUCAUAGUGCCCGGGGAGAAGUCAAAUCUGAGGGUGUGGUCGGUAUUGCACGGGCAUUUUUAGGUGCUGGUGCUCGCUCUGUUCUGGUAUCCUUGUGGGCGAUCGACGACGAAGCUACUAUGGAGUUCAUGAAAGUCUUCUACCAACAACUAGUCCAUGGACGAAGUGCCAGUGAGGCUCUGAAUAAAGCCAUGAAAUCCAUGAGAGAAUCUGACCGCUUUAACGCAGUGAAAUACUGGGCGCCGUUUGUUCUCAUUGGUGACGACGUAACGCUCGAGUUUGAGGGCAUCCAAUAAAUAACAAGGUAUUUUAGGAUAUAUUUAAACCUUGGAUAAUAUUACGUGCUUUAGGAAACAUCAUUUCAGCAAGGUAUUAUACUUAUUUAUGUUCAUUUUAUUGAGCAACGAACUCAACCGGUGCCACGGAGCGUCAAUCUGCCAAUCACAGGUCAAGUUCACAACAACAUAAGAGUCUGACUUUGUAGUUCUUUUGGCAGUUAAACACUAGAAAAUUCAUUUCAAGUCUCAUGAUUUUUACACAUUUCAAAGUGUCGGUGGCUCCGUAUGAGUUCGUUCCAUUGUAACUUACAGUCGAACCUGACGUAAGCGACGACCCAAAAAGCGAAGAUCGAAUUUCCGGUCGCUUAUUUUACGGAAGGUGGUCGCUUAGGAAAGUCUCCAGAUAUGGUAUACGUAAAUCCUUUAUUAAGCCUCCCGGGGGGUUUAUUCAUUUCAAGAACGUUUGAGAGGGAGGAGGGGCUUAUUUAAUGAAGCGAAGAUUGUGAUAUCAUUUCCCCAUAAAAAACUAGAGUGAAAAAGCUUAAGGACAUGAAGUUGGAGGUCAUGAUUAGCCGAGGAUCAAAAUCAAAUCGAAACAUCCAGCUCGUGAAUAAACCAUACCGGAUAAUCAGUCCAUAUGAAGCGUUACAAUCGUGAUAAAUUAAUACAUCUAUCAUACGUCUAUUAUAUAAGAAUUGGGAGAAGAGACUUGAAAGAGGGGAGGAGGUUAAAUAAUUUUCCUCUGAAAAGGGGAGCUUAUUAGAGAGGAAGGCUUAAUUCAUUCAUAAGUCUAAUCAUUGCUUGAAGUUACGAGUUUAAAUGUGACCCUUGCUCUCAUAGAUUUAGGGCGUUUUUGAUUCACCGUAUUCAUUCCCCGUCUUAAUUAAAAAUAAAUUAAUGGAAUAAACUCGCCAGAAAUCGCUUGUUCUGUCUUUCAUUCUACAAAACUGCUUCAAAUAAAGUAUUUUGAUCUAUAUAAACUUUAAAUGGUUCAAAAAUUACGGUAUUCUUAUUCCGGAGUACGAUCAGUCGAGCGCACUCUUAGAAGUCAGUGGUCAAAAUGUUAUGCCUCCCCAGAUGAAGUCACUAUCCUUUUCUUUUGUUUGCUUGCUAACGUUGUUUUUUGCUGUUGUUGUUGUUGUAUAGGUUAUGAUGAAGAAUGCAGUGAAGCAGUUCCUAACCAUCUGAAGUUGAGGUGAGUUUCAACUUUUGUGACAAUUACGAGGUGGAGCGUUCCUCGCAAGAAUAGGAAAACUUUAUCUAGGAGAGAAAAUUAUAUGCUGUUAAUAUAA